UACAGCGUCAACACGCACUCGCGGCCGCGGGUGGCGGCGGCUUCGAGUUAGACUCGAAAACCUUUGACUGGUGGCACGUCCUCGACGGGUCCAAUCAGAGAGGAAGUGACUAAUAUGCAAAUGCGGCGUUAUCGCAGCACAGUCACGUCAGCAGCAGCAGCGGCGGUGGACUGGAGCCGCCGCGCCGUACGGGGUCGCAAAAAGCAGCCGGAGGACAAGUCACAACUUCACCCGUACCGUCUCCUGACGUCUCAGGAGGCACUUUGAGCUUCUUUACAGGAUCAUGGUGUGAUGGACAUCCUGGUUCCCUGUAGAGUGUGAGGCUCUUUGGAACCAGCUUGGAUCCACAGGUGUUCCAGAGGUUCCAGUUCCCCUCCAGGUUCUACCAUGAACUUCUUUGAUGACGCUAGCCUCUUUGUUGGAGGUUUGGAGGGGCUGGAUGUAGAUGACUUCCCGUCAGGAUCAUCACUUGUUGAUGAGCUGAACCUCAGUGCUGACUUUGAGCCCCUCCAAGUGGACUCUCUGGGCCCAGGGAAGUGCCAACGCUUAACUCCACAAGAUGCUAUGACAUGUACUCAACAUGCCAUGCCCUCUUACAACCAGCAGGUGGGAAACUUCACGAGCAUUAAGACACUGAAUCCUAUAGGGCAAACCUUCUCUGGUGGCAUGGGUGGUGGAGGUAUUGGCAUGUUUCUACAGCAACAUGGCCAGUACCAAAAUGCAGCCAUGAGCCAUGUGCCUCAGUCUAAUGGGCUGUUUUGCAACAGUCCAAUGUGGGGCACCCAAGACCAUAAUGGUAAAAUGUAUCACCCGUCAUCUCAACCGCUUCAGCAGCAACAGCUUUGUCAUCAGCAACUGCACAGCCAACCACUUCAUGUCAGGCAACAAACACAGCAGCAGCAACACCCCUGUCAACGUCAACAACAGCAGUCGCAUAGAAUGCAGCUGGAACCACAACAAGGUCAUCAACAGCUGUUAAAUCAGCACCAGCAAAUUAACACUCAGACUCUGUCAAUGCAGCAACAGCAAAAUUUCUCCUUCCGCCAGGGGAAUCAGUCUCAGAGCCGACAGCAUGUUCGUCAUAAUCAGCAGCAGGAUCACCAGCUAACUGUUGGAGGGCUACAGUUCCAUUCAAGGCCUGUGUUGAGUAAGUCCUUUUUGGAUAGUCAGAAUCAUUCUGUGGGCGGUGCCUGCUUACAACCGCAGCAGCAGAAUCGCUACCAGUUGGCCAGUGACGGUCAAGACCUCAACCUGCCCUUUCAGUUACAUUCAUCCUCUAUGGUUCAUGCUAUACCCAAGUGCUCAGUCAGCUCUGUUGCUGCUUACGUACCAGCCCAGUAUCCUGCUUAUCCUGGAGAACCAGAAUCAUCUGGUUUUACUGAGCACACUUUGUCUUCAACCUCAGCAUCUCAGCCCACUGCAUCCCUCACUUCUACAAUACCUGAGCUUCCUGGUAGACUAAGCCAGAUACCAUCUACAGGUCAGCAGCAAGAUAGGAUCCCAGUUAGCCAACAAAUGGAAUGUCCUUUUCGUGCUCUCCGUUGUUCUGGAGAAAAGCAGGGAAACUGCAAGUCACCUGACAUGUUUACUGAAGUUAUGGAAUGCUACCGUGGUCUGACGAACCAACUGCCUGCUGAACAGUCCCUUAGCUGUGGGGGCAUUGAUACGAAUGGAUACCAAGAUCUGGCAGACAGUUUGCUGCCUUCUGAGGCUCAGGGUGGAGAUAUGGAGGGUCUGGAGGCUCCUGACCUUCUGCCUGACCUACUGCCCCAGCUGGAGGCAGCACUGGGCCAACAGGAUGAAUCCAACUGUUUGUGGCAUGAGUCCAAUCAGGACAGAGGACAUCAGCACAGUAAACAAAUACCUUUGGAGUACAAGAAAGAAAAGCCUCGAAAGAAUGCCAAUGGUCCCGGGAGCCAACUGCGGGUCCUCAGCCCCCUAAUGAAGAGCAGCUCAUCAUCGUCCUCCUCUUCCUCAUCAUCUUCAUCCUCUUCCAGCUCAUCAUCAGAGAAGAGGACACGAAGGAGGACACAUCAUCAGAUGGAGACUACUCUACAAGACAAGCAGGAAAAGGCAAACAGGAUAAUUUCAGAGGCUAUUGCAAAGGCCCGGCAGCGUGGGGAGAAGAACAUCCCCAGGGUUAUGAGCCCUGAGAGCUUCCCCAGCUCUUCUUCACAGUACAGAAUCCACCGUGACCGUGAGCAUAAAGGACAUGGAAAGAUACGUUCCAAAGACAAGAUUUCCAGGAAGGCCUGUAUUGUAUCUUCGUCCAAGCCCAAGCAGAAGUCGAAAAUUGGGAAAAUUGUCAUCAAAAUAGGGAAGAAGAAGAAACGAAAGCCAGAGUCUUCAGAGGAGGAGUCUGAUGAUGAAACCCCACCUCGGCACACUUAUAAAGACAAUGACUCUAAGAGACGCUCUAAUCGGCAGAUAAAGAAGAAGAAGUAUGCUGAGGAGCUGGAGGCCAGAUUGUCGGAUGAGGAUGUCAAAGUUAUUGUUAAAGCCAAGAAAGCCAACACUGCAACUUCCAAGGAUCCUUCUCUCCAGCUGUUUGUUGAGAAUCCCACUGAGGAAGACGCUGCUGUCGUUGACAAAAUCAUGUCAUCACGUUUCGUCAAGAAGGAGGUCUCUCCAGGAGUGGCGGUUGAGGUGGAGGAGUAUUUUGUAAAAUACAAAAACUACUCCUACCUGCACUGUGAGUGGGCCACAGAGCAGCAGCUGGAGAAGGACAAGAGGAUUCAGCAGAAGCUUAAACGCUUCAAAAUGAAACAAGCACAGAGGGCGCUCUUCUUUGCAAAUAUGGAUGAGGAGCCCUUUAACCCUGACUAUGUUGAAGUAGACAGAGUGCUGGAGGUGUCGUUUUGCGAAGACAAAGACUCUGGAGAGGAAGUGGUCUACUAUCUGGUCAAGUGGUGCUCUCUGCCGUAUGAGGAUAGCACCUGGGAGCUGAAGGACGAUGUGGAUCAGAACAAGAUUGAGGAGUUUGAGCAGCUGCAGGCAGCCAAGCCAGACUCUCACAGGGUGGAGCGACCGCCGGCCAACCUGUGGAAGAAAAAGGAACAUUCGAGGGAGUACAGGAAUGGCAACAGCCUGAGGGACUAUCAGCUUGAGGGUGUCAACUGGCUCCUUUUUAACUGGUACAACAGGCGAAACUGCAUUCUGGCUGAUGAGAUGGGCUUAGGAAAGACCAUCCAGUCCAUCACAUUCCUAGAAGAGAUACAACGUGUGGGCAUCAAAGGGCCAUUCCUCAUCAUCGCGCCACUGUCUACAAUUGCUAACUGGGAACGCGAGUUCCGUACAUGGACCCACCUCAAUGUCAUCGUCUACCACGGAAGCAUGAUCAGCAGACAGAUGCUUCAACAGUACGAGAUGUAUUUCAGGGAUGCGCAGGGCCGUGUGGUACGUGGAGCUUACAGGUUCCACGCCGUAAUUACAACGUUCGAGAUGAUCCUCGGUGGUUGUCCUGAACUCAAUGCCAUAGAGUGGUGCUGUGUGAUCAUCGAUGAAGCCCACCGCCUGAAGAACAAGAAUUGCAAGCUGCUAGAGGGCUUUAAGCUGAUGAGCCUGGAACACAAAGUCCUGCUGACGGGUACUCCUCUUCAAAAUACAGUGGAAGAGCUGUUCAGCUUACUCCAUUUCUUGGAGCCUGCACGCUUCCCCUCAGAGAUCACCUUCAUGCAGGAGUUUGGAGAUCUUAAGACUGAAGAGCAGGUACAGAAGCUUCAGGGUAUCCUGAAGCCUAUGAUGCUACGUCGCCUGAAGGAAGAUGUGGAGAAGAAGUUGGCUCCUAAAGAAGAAACGAUCAUUGAGGUGGAACUGACAAACAUUCAGAAGAAAUACUACCGCGCCAUCCUAGAGAAGAACUUCUCUUUUUUAGCGAAAGGAGCCGGCCAGGCAAAUAUGCCUAACUUAGUCAACACUAUGAUGGAGCUGAGGAAGUGCUGCAACCACCCCUACCUCAUCAAAGGGGCAGAAGAGAAAAUCUUGGAAGACUUCCGGGAGGUGUAUAGCCCCACUGCCAUUGACUUCCACCUGCAGGCUAUGGUCCAGUCUGCUGGAAAGCUGGUGCUUAUUGACAAACUGCUGCCAAAAAUGAAGGCUGGCGGGCACAAAGUUCUCAUUUUCUCCCAAAUGGUGCGCUGCCUGGACAUCCUGGAAGACUACCUCAUUCAAAGAAGGUACUUAUAUGAGCGCAUAGAUGGACGCGUCCGUGGAAAUCUGCGGCAGGCUGCCAUUGACCGCUUCAGUAAGCCUGACUCAGACCGCUUCGUCUUCCUUCUGUGUACGAGGGCUGGUGGUCUGGGCAUCAACCUCACAGCAGCCGACACUUGCAUCAUCUUUGACUCUGAUUGGAACCCACAGAAUGACCUGCAGGCCCAGGCUCGCUGCCAUCGUAUUGGUCAGAACAAAGCUGUGAAGGUGUACCGUCUAAUCACCAGGAACUCGUAUGAACGGGAAAUGUUUGAUCGAGCUAGCCUCAAGCUGGGCUUGGACAAGGCGGUGCUGCAGAGCAUGAGUGGCCGAGAUAAUAGCCUGGGAGGAGGUGCUGGGGGAGGGGCAGUGCAGCAACAGCUAUCUAAGAAGGAAAUCGAGGACCUCUUGCGGCGUGGUGCCUACGGGGCAAUAAUGGAUGAGGAAGAUGAAGGGGCCAAAUUCUGUGAAGAGGACAUUGAUCAGAUUCUCCAACGGCGAACAAAAACUAUCACCAUUGAGUCUGAGGGCCGAGGGUCAACGUUUGCUAAGGCCAGUUUUGUGGCAUCUGGUAACCGCACAGACAUCGCUCUGGAUGAUCCAAACUUCUGGGACAAGUGGGCCAAGAAGGCAGAUAUUGAUGUGGAAAUGGUUAAUGGCAGAAACAGCUUGGUGAUUGACACCCCUCGUGUCAGAAAGCAGACAAGGCCAUUCAGUGCCACCAAGGAUGAGUUGGCAGAACUUUCAGAAGGUGACAGCGAUAGUGACGAAACAAAACCUAAACUCAGGCGAAACUAUGACCGGCUCAACAGCUACGGACGCACAGAGUGUUUCAGAGUAGAGAAGAACCUGCUUGUAUAUGGGUGGGGACGUUGGAAAGAUAUUCUCAAUCAUGGUCGUUUUAAGAAACAACUUACAGAAUGGGAUGUGGAGUCCAUCUGUCGGGCCCUGUUGGCCUACUGUUUGGUCCACUACCGUGGAGAUGACAAAAUCAAAAGCUUCAUGUGGGACCUAAUCGCCCCGACUGAGGAUGGACGCACCAAGGAGCUGCAGAAUCAUCUGGGUUUAUCAGCCCCCGUUCCUCGGGGCAGGAAGGGUAAGAAGAUGAAGACACAGUCCAGCACUUUUGACAUCCACAAGGCUGAAUGGUUGAGGAAACACAACCCUGAGCACAUGCUUCAAGAUGAUGGCUACAAGAAACACCUCAAGCACCACUGCAACAAGGUCCUGCUCAGGGUCAGAAUGCUCUACUAUCUGAAACAAGAAGUUAUAGGAAACCAGGCCCAGAAAGUACUCAGCGGCGCAGACUGCAGUGAGGUAAAGAUCUGGGUGCCAGAGCCUGACCAUUCUGAGCUGCCAGCGUUGUGGUGGGACGUAGUCUCUGACAAGUGUCUGCUUCUGGGUGUCUACAAACAUGGUUAUGAGAAGUACAACACUAUUCGCGCCGACCCUACACUGUGCUUUCUAGAGCGAGCAGGGCGACCAGAUGAGAAAGCCAUCGCCGCUGAGCAGAGAGGCAAUGAUUUCAUGGAUGGGGAUGUAGACGAUCCAGAAUAUAAACCUGCUCCUGCCCUGCUGAAGGAUGAUAUUGAGGAUGACGCUUCUUCUCCCGGAGACUUGGUUGUUAGUGACAACGCAGGAGAUACAGUUCCAAUGACAGAAGGUGAAUCUACCUACUGGCCCUCGUCUUCUGUGCUAACAGCCAGACUGAGGCGUCUGAUCACAGCUUCUCAGCGCUACACGAAGAGCCGACAGAUCCUACACAUCCAUCAGACUCAGUCUCAGUCCCAGUCCCAGCAGACCAUGAUUCUAGCUGCUCCACUUUGCCCACUGCCUCAGCCACUCGACGACACCCUCAACCCCAAGAUGGCUGCUAAGAUCGAACGGCAGCAGAGAUGGACUAGGCGAGAAGAGGCAGACUUCUACCGAGUGGUGUCCACGUUUGGUGUUGUUUUUGACCCAAACCUUGGCCGCUUUGACUGGACCAAGUUUAGAGCUAUGGCUCGGCUGCACAAGAAGAUGGACGAGAGCCUGCAGAAAUAUCUGUGCGCGUUCACCGCCAUGUGCAGAAGGGUGUGUCGCCUGCCACCCAAAGAUGGAGGUCAGAUAUAUGCUGCAGUGGACCCAUCUCUCACCAUCCAGCCCAUCACUGAGGAGCGAGCUUCUCGUACGCUCUACAGAGUAGAGUUGCUUCGCCAGGUCAGAGAGCAAGUCGUUCGCCAUCCGUUACUUUACGAGCGUCUGUCGCUGUGCCAGAUGAGUUCCGACUUGCCCGUCUGGUGGGAACCUGGAACUCAUGACCGUGACUUGCUUAUCGGUGCUGCCAAGCAUGGUGUCAGCCGCACCGAUUAUCAUAUUCUUCGAGAUCCGGAGCUCAGCUUCAUGGCGGCCCAGCGCAAUUACAGCCAAACAAAAGCGGCACAGCACCAAUCACGCACACCUACACCAUUCCUACACCUGCAGUACCAGGCUGCCAGCUCGCUUCUGACAGGAUCUCCACUUCCCCCACCCACCCAGAGAGACACUGAAAUGUCUGCGGUGGCAAUCAAGGUGGAACCAGCCUCUGAGGGGGAGGAGAUUAGGGAGAGGCAGAGGGGUCACUGGAGUCCUCCUUCAGCACCACCUACAGGUCUGGAUGAGAAGUCUGUUCCUGAGACAAAGGAUGAGAAGCAGAUGGUGGCAGCACGAACCAAACCGCUGACACCCAACUCAUCAGAGAGGAAAGCCAAGAAGGCUAACAAGAGGGGCCGUAGGGAGGCCAGACGAGGCUCAGAGACUGACUCAGACGGUUCCUCCUCGAGUUCUUCAUCACGUUCCUCUUCUUCUUCUUCAUCCUCAUCUUCUUCAUCAUCACAUUCUGGGUCCAGCUCUUCCUCCUCUUCAUCUUCUUGCUCCUCUGGCUCUUCAUCAUCAUCUUCAUCAUCUUCAUCAUCCUCUGAUGACAGUGAAAGUGAAGGAGAGGAGGGGAAGAAGAAGGUGCCUGCACCCAAAGCGAUAAAGGGAUUUGAUGAGGACAGUGUGGCAUCACUGAGCACAACACAGGACGACACGCAAGAAAUGCCCGUGGCUGAGAAUGGCAUUGCUGCCUCUUCCUCACAUCCUUUUCAGGGAGGCUACAUGCUGGCUGCAUCCUACUGGCCAAAGGAUCGAGUGGUUAUUAACCGCUUGGACAGUAUAUGUCAGGCGGUGUUGAAGGGCAAGUGGCCAGGAACGCGGCGGGUCUACGAGCCCGGUGCAGUCGCCUCUUUCUAUACUACCAAACUGCUGGAUAGUGCCAACAGCCAGUGCGAGGACCCCUCUGCCUCGCCACAGGGGUCAAAGGUGAAGAAGCAUGUUGCAGAAAACAAGGAGUUCUCAGUAAAACUGAACGAUCAGGAGGGAGGUCUGAAGUUGACCUUCCAAAAGCAAGGUUUACCUCUCAAGAGGCCUCUGGACUCGGAGGAGGGCCCUCAGGCCCAGCAGCAGUAUUUGGCCCGGCUUCAUGAACUGCAGAGCGCCUCAGACAUCGGUCUGGCUGACAUCACCAAGCCCCACUGCAGCUUCCAGCCUGCGGUUCCAGGUCUGACAGCUCAGGUCAGGCUGAACGGAGUGUUGGACGGCCAGCCAUUGAUAAAGAAGCGUAGAGGAAGAAGGAAGAACGUGGAGGGUGUGGACCUGCUCUUUAUGAACAAAAAUAGAGUUCCCUCUGUACCCAAUCAGGUGCCACCGGGGUGGGGCGGUAUUGGUCAGGUUGGCAUGCCUGCGGCCUCUGUUCCAGGCUGCAGCCAGGGCACCAGUCAGAGCACCAGUCAGAGCCCCAUGGACACAGAGAGCAGGGUCCCUGUCAUCAAUCUCAAAGAUGGUACCCGGCUUGCAGGGGAAGACGCUCCCAGAAGAGGAGAGCUUGAGCAGUGGCUGAAAGAGCACCCAGGAUUCGUGGCAGACACGGGAGCAUUUAUCCCUGGAGUAAAUAAAAUGCAGAUGCAGUUCCACUUCCAAGACGGUCGACCCAAACAAAAGCGGCACCGCUGUCGGAACCCCAACAAGAUUGACGUCAACAGUCUGACAGGAGAGGAGAGAGUGCAAAUAAUCAACCGGAGAAAUGCACGCAAGGUCGGUGGCGCCUUUGCUCCUCCUCUAAAGGAUCUGUGUCGGUUCCUCCAGGAGAAUCCUGAGUACGGAGUCCCACCUGAGUGGGGAGAUGUGGUGAAACAGUCGGGUUACCUUCCAGAGAGUAUGUUUGACAGGAUCCUGACUGGACCCAUUGUUCCUGAAGAGGUCAGCCGGCGAGGGCGCCGCCCAAAGAAUCCCCUGGCAAAGGCAGCGGCAGCAACCCCAAACCCAGCAGGGUCCUCCCUGGGCCUGAACCCCAUGUUGGCUAACGGUCUCCUUUCUGGAAUGGACCUCUCGAGCCUGCAGGCCUUCCAGCAGAACCUCCAGAGCUUACAGUCCCUGCAGCUCACGGCGGGCCUCAUGGGGCUGCCGUCUGACGCAAGCAACCUGGCUGCUAGUAACUUAGCUGCCAUGUUUCCCAUGAUGCUCUCUGGUAUGACAGGAUUGCCAAACCUGCUGGGUGUGAGCGGCAUUCUUGGGAAGUCUCCUCAGGAGGGAGUGGCGGGCUCUGAGGACAAGGUGAAGGGAAGUGCAAGCGGAGGAGCAGCAGAGCCGCUCGACUCCAAAGACCCUGCCCACACCUCAGACACCAAAGGAGAAAGGACAGAGGGCUUGAACGCAACCCCACCCUCCACUUCCAAUGCCACUUCCUCUGCCGGCGGCCCACAAAGUGCUUCAGCUGCCUCGGCAGCCUCCAGCCCUCCACUGUCUCUUAACCCUUUGUUACUGUCCAGUAUGCUUUACCCAGGGAUGAUUCUCACUCCAGGCCUUAACCUUCCUGUGUCUGCCACAGAGCCACAGAGCUCAAACACUGACCCCAGCCCGCCUCCUGCUCCGCCUCCUCCUCUGCCCACAGUCUCCCAGUCAUCGCCACAGGAAGCACAUGAGCACCCAGAGAAUCCAGAGGAGGAGACACUGGAAGAGGAGGAGGAGGAGGAGGAGUUAGGAGAACAAAAAGACAACAGUGGCGGUGAAGGUUCAGGGAAAGCGGAGUCGUCAACGUCGUCAGAGUCUGGGAGUUCGUCAUCGUCGUCAGACGAUUCGGACUCCAGCGAUGAAGACUGAUCCCUCGAACACUUAAUUAUAAAUUUAUUUAUGUAUGGCCUAGAAAUGUAUACAUAUAUUCACAUAUAUAUACAGAUUUUCCAGCACUUAUGUUGCAAUUUCUUUACAUGUAAAUACAAGAAGUAACUGAAAUGUUGUGUAUUAAAUAUUACAAAAACUACCCAAAAAAAGGAAAAACUGACUCAAAUGAACUGAAAUAAGAUUUCAGUGUUUGUUCACAAGGUACACUCUUGUUUGAAGACAUUUUGCAUGUCAGAAUUUAGUAGAUUUCCAAACUCUGUAAACUUGUACCAACCACACUUAUGUACAUUUGCAACAAAAAGGCAUUAUUGUAAUUAUGUCAGGAUUUAAUUUUAUUAAAAAAGGAAAAAAAAAUGGAAACUACAUCCUCACGCUCGUUGAGCUGUACUAUUAAUAUAUUUUGAUUCUGGGCUGUUGUGGGUUACAACUUGACAAACACUUUGCUUGCUGGUGUACACAACUUUUACCGGUUGACACUUAACGCUCUGCAGAUUUGUCAGCAAUAACUCGGGCAGCUAAUGAAUGUCACUGAAGCUGUACAUUUUCUUUUGCUAGUGCAUAACUCACCAUGAUUUUGCAUUUUAGAACUGGAAUCAUGUCCAAUUGCAUUUUUAUUCACAAAUUGAAGACAGUGCAUUUCCAUGGGGGUUGUGAUCUGAUUUAGCGCUCAUUUUUAUUCCCUUCUCUCCCGGUUAUUACAUUACAACUACGUAUAAUUUCAAGAGGAAAAUUAUUGUGGCCGUCACCUGCACUUCAACUACCCACAGCAGGCACACCUGUUGAUUUUGUUCAAAGAGCUGAUUGGCUGUUUGAGGGCUUAGAUACAACUACAGCGCUGACAUAUUUGAUUGCACCUUACCUCAUUUGUGCUAAUUGCAUUUGGUGUCACUGUGCUAAUAAAUGUAGUCGUGCACGGGUGUCGUUGUACCUGCUGGAAUAUGAUGCAGCCUGUUUUCACUGAAGGUGUCCACUGUGUUUUUUUGUUUGGUGGGAUUGCGUGAUUAACCUGCUGCUACUUGUUUAUCAGGGGACUUGCUUUGAUUAUUGAAAACCAUAAAACAAGGUCAAUUUUAUUGCCCUGGUCAUAUUAAAAAAAAAAAAAAAAAUGGCAA